GGACCACAUAACUGAAAUGAAUAUUGUAUAAAUAAUAGGGUGACCAGCCUAUCCAAAACCAGUGAUUUGUCCCAGUUUCACACUAGAAAUGUCCCAGAUGUCUGUAUUUUUGACCAGUUUGAUAUGCACCAUCACUAAUGAGGGUCAUGUCAUUUGUUUAGUCAAUAUACAUAAAACUGUGCGUAAGUUACCAGAAACAAAAAAAAAUUACUCUAUUGCACUGAUAGAAGUCUCCCUGGAUAAUACAGAUUCAGGUGAGUGCCUAAUAAUAUUUUUUAUUGCAUACUUUUUCAGUUUUAUUAUCAUAAAUCACCCCGAGCUUGGUGUCUCAGUUUUAAUGUUUUAAAAUCGGGUUACCCUGCUAAAUUAUAUAUAUAUAUAGUCUUCUAAUAGUAUAUGCUCUUGAUUAUGCAUUUAUAACAUGUUUUUAGAGAGAAAGUUAGAAAUAUACCCUAUUGAUCCUCAGGGAAAGUCAAGUUCAUAUUAUAACUUUCAAAUUCAUAUAGAAGUUCUGUAGAUAAUGCAUAAAUAAAUUAAUUAAAUGGUAAAAGUACACUUCGAUGGGUUGAAGUAAGGGUUUCAAAAUAAAACGGCGCUUUUACUUUGAAAGGACCCACCCGCCUCACUCUACUUCCGCCGCGCGUCGUGAGUUCACGCACGGUGACGCUCGCCGUAAAUCUCGCAGACGCUCCUUCUGAAGCGACCAGAAAUUACCCGGAGAGGAGCGGAGGAAUAACGGACUACAGUGAACCCUUCCCCGGGCAACACAUCAGCUUUUACCCCCGGUGAUCAGCUUCGGGGAGCGGGGGAGAGGAGCGAGAAACGAGCGGAGGAAGAACAGACUCCAUCCCAGAGCGUUGUAGGUGUAGUGCAUUCUUUCCGUCCAUGGCGUCGUCCAGGUGACCUCUGGUGAACCACAAACCCUCAACACGGCUGCGAUGGGGGAGAACUAUAUGUACCAGCGGCUGCCCUUCAACAGAGCGGAGGAGGAAGAGGAUGCUGAGGAGGAUGAAGAGGAGAGAGGGAGGAGGAUGAGAGAAGGCACGGGCAGCGGACAAAUGAUGCAGUGUGAGGAGGGGACUGAGUGGCUGUUGGAGCUGCUCACUGAUGUCCAGCUGCAGCAGUAUUUCCUCCGGAUCCGAGACGAGCUCAACGUCACCAGACUGUCCCACUUCGACUAUGUGAAGAACGAAGACCUGGAGAAGAUCGGCAUGGGGCGUCCCGGCCAGAGGAGGCUGUGGGAGGCGGUGAAGAGACGAAGAGCCCUCUACAAACGGAAGUCCUGGAUGAGCAAGGUGUUCCCAGUGAAGAGGCCGGACUCAGACCCCCAGCAGCCCAGUGUACAGGGGGCCUCGGGGGGGUCAGGCCCAGGCAGCAGCAGCAGUGAGGGGGGGGCCUCUCUCACCUGCCUCAUCAGAGAACCAGAGCUGCAGCUGUUUGAGAGGCUCGGGGACGGGACCUUUGGGGUGGUCAGGAGGGGCGAGUGGACUGCACCCAACGGGAGAGUGCUGUCAGUGGCUGUGAAGUGUCUGAAGGCCGGUGUUUUGGAUUCAGACGGGCUGGACGAUUUUAUCAGAGAAGUGAACGCCAUGCACUCCCUCAACCACCAAAACCUUAUCCGCCUCCACGGCAUUGUACUCACACAGCCAAUGAAAAUGGUGACCGAGCUCGCACCCUUGGGAUCCCUGUUGGACCGUCUCCGAAAACGCCAGGGCCACAUCCUGAUCUUGUCCCUGUGUAAUUACGCUGUUCAGGUGGCGUGUGGUAUGGCCUAUCUGGAGUCUAAGCGUUUCCUGCACAGAGACCUGGCCGCUCGUAACGUUCUUCUGUCGACAAACGAAACCGUGAAGAUCGGAGACUUUGGUUUAAUGAGAGCUUUGCCCACUCACACAGAUCAGUACAUCAUGGAGGAGGGACACAAGAUACCCUUCCCCUGGUGUGCUCCCGAAUCUCUUAAAUCUCGUACCUUCUCCCAUGCCUCUGACACCUGGAUGUUUGGAGUAACUCUGUGGGAGAUGUUCACCCACGGACAGGAGCCAUGGCUGGGACUCAACGGAAGCCAGAUUCUCCAUAAGGUGGACGUGGAGGCGGAGCGUCUGUCCAAACCGGACGACUGCCCUCAGGACAUUUAUAACGUGAUGCUGCAGUGCUGGAGCCCAAAGCCCGAGGACAGACCCACCUUCAUUGCUCUCAGAGACUUCCUGCUCGAGACGAUGCCCACGGACAUGAGAGCCCUGCAGGACUUCGAGGAGGACGACAAGCUGCAGAUCAAAAUGAACGACGUCAUCACAAUCAUCGAGGGGAGAGCGGAGCAUUACUGGUGGCGUGGUCAGAACCGCCGUACUCUUCAUGUGGGGCAGUUUCCUCGUCAUGUGGUCACUUCGGUGGCGGGUCUGUCAGCGCAGGACAUCAGCCGCCCACUCAAACACUCUUUCAUCCACACGGGACACGGAGACACAGACCCACACAGGAGCUGGGGCUUCGCUGACCGCAUAGACAGUUUGUAUUUAGGAAAUCCAAUGGAUCCUCCUGAUAUUCUUGGAUCAACUCCAGCUGAAGCAAGGCCAACCAAACUUCCCAACCGUGCCAAAAAACAACCUCCACCUCGGCCUCCUCAGCCUGCCAUUCUGCUAAAGAAGCCAUUUUAUGACUCCGUGUUGGACGAUUACGACGAUGAGGAGGACACCAGCGCUUCGUCCGGUCUGAAGAAGCUGGGGGUGUCUUUGGGUCUCAAGCUCCGGCCGUGGGAGGGCGGAGUCCGAUCGGCCAAAAGCGAAGUGUCUCUCAUCGACUUCACGGACGACAGCUUCAGCUCCACCACCCCCUCCCCCCUCUCCGAGCAGCACCCGAGGGACGACGAUACGCUCAAGGACACUCCUUCCAUCUUGGACUGGCCUCUGCCCCAGCCGGCCUACGAUGAGGUGGCUGUAGAGGCCGAGGACCAGUCUGAGGACCAGGAAGUGAGGUCCAUCAACAAGAGCCAGACUGAAGACCCCUCAGUGGGGACGGGGGCUGGAGCUGGAGCUGGAGGAGUGGAAAUGAAACCAACAUCAAGAAAUGAAACCCAAUCUGCAGAUCUAUUCCAGGAAUUACAGAGAGAGGUGAUGGUGAAGCUGCAGGUUCCCAUGACGACGCAGGUUCCCAUGACGACGGGCCGUUCCCUCCCCUCCUCCCCCCUCCCUCUGUUACCCCUGACCCCCCUCACCCCUCACAGACAGAUCUACCUCCCGUCCACCUCCCCGUCCUCCAGCUCCUCCUUCACCGCCUGUUUAGAAGAACUACAACAACAGCAGCAGCAACAACACCAAAAACAACCUCCACAGCGCCCCCUGCUGCCGCCCCGAAGCCCUGCCCCUCCUCUGCGCCACUCCAAAUACAGCCCCUCCCAAAAAUCCAGCCAAUCACAGGCGCGCUCCAGCUCUAUCUCCCUGGGCAACGAGGAAGACACGCCUCCGCAGAUUCCGCCUCGGGACCACACGGCGUUUUCGCAACCGGCCUCGCGCUCCUCCUCUCCGCUGCCGUUGGUUCCCAUAGCGAUACCUCCCCCGCCCCAGUCCGUAUCUCCGCGUAGGACGGCAGGACUACUGGGACCGCUCGUAUCCACGAACUCCCCUCCCUCGUCCGCUUCUCCUCAAGGAAGCUCGUCCCAAAAUUCGAAAAUGGCCACUCCUAUGUCCACGUACUCGUCCACGUCACUGCUGGAUCCGCUCGUGUGUCGGGAUGGGCGGGGCUUCUCUUUGAUUGACAGUUCGCAAACCACGCCCCCAGCUCCUUUGCCAGAGCGUCCAGCAUUUCUGGAAAGAUAUGGAGCAGCUAACAUGGCCGCAGUCAAACCUAUAGUCCAGCAGCCUCCUCCUAAACCAAACUCCUCCUACAACAACAACAACGGAAGAACUACAAAUCCGAGCAUGCUUCCUGAGCAGAGCAUCGCAAAGGUUCAUGGAGAGGUUCACGGUGUCACACUAGAGGAGUGCCGAGCUGCUCUUAUCACUCACAACUGGAGCAUCCCUCAGGCCAUAAACCAUCUGAAGGUGGAGCAGUUGUUCCGUCUUGGUCUCAGGUCCAGAGGAGACUGUGAGGAGCUGCUGCAGAGCUGUCAGUGGAACCUGGAGCGGGCCAGUACUCUCAUGCUCCACACAUACGGACCCCACAACAAGCCAUGAGAUGAAGACAAACAAAGACAGACUGAAUUUUAGUUUACUGAUCAUUUCUUAAAGAAGACUGAACCCUGGAUGGACUCUGCUGUGAAACUGGGACCCCAGACUUGACCCGUACUUACCCAAUGGAACAAACUUACCCUAUUUAUUUACAAUGUACAUGUUUGUUGCUGCUGGUAGCUCCUGCUGUUUCUAAAGUGAGUAUUACUUGAGCUUUGAUAAUGCAAUCAUAUCCAGGCAUGUGUCUAUACAAACAUUUGCCAUUGCUUUUAGUGGAGCAACGUUUUAUCAGGGACAUUUCACAUAGUGAUGAAGUAUGUGGCUAAACUAGGCUUUUGUGACAAUGUACCUGCAAUACAAAGUUGUUCUGUAUAAAAUUAUGGUUAUGGAAGUUCAUAUUUUUGGGGGAAAUCUGAAAUAUGUUAAAAGACUGCUGGACAGGUCUAGUUCUGUUGAGAUGUUUAUAUCAUGUCUUAAGAAAGCUUAUUGAAAUGCCAUAUGUAUAUCAUGUUAUUUAAUAUGCCAAAACAACGUGCAAUAAAUAAUUCCCUUGUUAUACUUAUGGAGUGUAAGUUGACAAAAUUUAAAAUGUAAACUUAAUUGAGAAACAUGUGAAGUGCAUUCUUCUAUUUUUAUUAGUGUAUUUGUUUUUCAGAUAAUACAUUUCCUCAUAAUAGAGAAAACAGAAUACAGUGUGACUGGGAAGGGAAAGACUCAAAACUUUCCUGUACUUAAUUAGUCCUUAAAGGUGCAUCUUUUCUGGUGGAGGGUACCUGCUGGUCUUCAUGUAGCUGUUAUUGCUUUAGAGGAUUGUUUCCCAAAAACUAGGCCACAAGAGAAUUUUUUUUGGGUCGCCUUGUCACGAUCUAGCCAGGCUAGCGCCACCUAGUGCCUCCGCUCCAUUUCAUUUCUCUCCAGCGACUAGGUCAGGAAUCAGAAUACACUAGACGGUUGGCAAAAACCCCCGAAGUGCGAGUCCGGGCACCAGCCACUCAGUGAAGAGACAUAUAUUCUGUGUUGGCAACGAUUCUCGAGAUCGAGGAUUUAAAGCCGGAACAAAGAGAAUGUUUGGUGAAUAUUAUCAAGGGGAAAGACGUUAUUACCCUUCUUCCUGCGGGAUUAGGGAAAAGCUUAAUAUACCAGUUCACCCUGUUAGUGGCGCAUUACAUACGUCACAACCAAAUAGCAGCGACUGGUUAAAUAAAAAAAAGUACCCGCUUACUGUCGAGCAAAUGAAUCGUAAAGCUGCGAGGUCAGACGGUUUCCACGAAGUGAACGAUCUGCAUGUAGGUCGGCAAUAUACAGUUCUGACACAUGUUGAACUGUUAAGACCUGUUUUGUAUAAUUUCUAAUCUUUUUAAUUAUUUUAAUGACUAUUUUGUUCCAAUAUUGCUGGUUCAAUUGAAUGUUGAAAAGAAAAAGAAAUGGGCUACAUUUAAAGUCCAAAUAGGCGACUUAUGGAUCCUUUAAGUUUAAAACUUGAAUAAUACUAAUUGUUCAGAGAGACACAAUCACUCAGUCAACAAUAAAAUAUCAUCAAUAAUGUUCAAUAAUGUUCAAAUCCACCUUUAUUUUGUGAUUUAUGAAUAAUGUCUAUUGACUUGGGUUGUGAAGGUUUGUGACUUUUAAAAUAUGGGUCCCCAGAAGAAAGUUUUGGAAAUACUGCAUUAGAGAUCAAACCUAAUUAUUAUACUUUUAUAAAUACAAUAAAUGCUACAUAGAUGUGUUUAAUGUCAUGCCAUGGAAGAUUCCAGGCAAAGCAAGAACAUCUCCAUGGAGACAAGCAGGUGACGGACCCUUAUAAAUGCUGUUUUCAGUCUCUGCAGAUACUUAAAGCUGUAGUAUCGAAUUGGUAUUGUAACUCAGUUCUGCACACUUAAAGAUAAAUACAGCUUUGUGGGUUUUUUUUUCAAUAACUUAAAAUUACUGUGACUAUGUAUGCAAUAUAAAUUAGCCUAAAAUUUCACGUUUUGAUUUUCAGCCCUACAUGACUGAAAUAUAUUGCCCUAUAGUUACACCACGUGCUUCACUUUAACAAAGAAAACUGGAUAAUCAUAUUUACUGUAAUGUCUGCUAUGCAUCUGAGUGAACCUGGGUCUAUAAAGGACUUGUACUUGUACUUGAAACGCAAAGGUAUUUUUAUGUUGUAUGUAUUAAGACUUGACAAUAAUGAUGUAAUAUGGUGAGGCUUAGGUAUUUUAUAUUCACACUGUACUGGCCACAUUUUGUAUUAUUAUUUUUUACUUUCCUUUUAUGGAUUUUAUGUAUGCUACUGAGCUGUUCUAUGGUAUGUUA